AUGGAUGGGGAUUCAUCAUUCCUUCAGUUAAGAGGCAGCCUGCCGUCUUAUUCCCAGCCAUUCCGCCCAUACACCAUACUGACCACUGCAAAAAAUUUCCCCUCCAUACCCAAACCAAGGAAUUACCGCCCCUCACGCCUACUUCGUAUUCUCGGACCCUCUUUUGACCCAUUCUGGAUGUCUGUUGAUCAGCCACCUGAAGUCUCUGUGGUCUGCACAGACAAAGUGCUGAUGGAGGCUAGAGAAAACCAGCGGCGGGAGUUGGCAAGAGAAGCCUCAGGUGUGAAGCUCAGUUUUCUGCCUCCGGAUGUUGCCAGCUCAGUCCGGACCUGGCUGGUGAAUUCUGCCACAUGUGGAUUGCGUUCUCAGUGGGUGGAUGUGGGCCCAGCAUUCUGGCCACGCUGGUUGCGACAGACAGACUGUGAUGAGUCAGGCAGAGUGCGAAGCUGCUCCUUUCCCAGUGGCAUGGCAUGCGUGAGAGCUCAAACAACACAUAUUAAGAUUCUGGCUUGGCAUUGCUUGAAAGUGAGAGAUGAUGAAUCCAAGCAGAUUGAGGGUGACAUGUCUGGUAUCAGCAUGUUGGUGGGAAUUAGUGAAGAAAUGAGAAAGUGUUUAUGGAGGCCGGUGCCUUAUCCUGUGGUCACAGCUUGUGCAUGUAAAUGCAAAUGA